CCUCGGGCGAUACUCGUCUUGAGGAUAAAUAAGCGAGUUGUGAUCAGAGUUCGGGAGAUAAACAUUAGUCUACGCCAGGACUGUGAGAGAGCCAGUCGCAGCACCGAGGAACAAGCGCAGGCGACGCCGUGAGAUGUGUUCAGAACUUCCCUUUCUCUUCGCCCGACUGCAGCACCCGGUGGAAAUGAAGGAGCUGAGCGAGGCACCUUUAACCGACGGAACCCUAAAGACUAACAUGAGCCAACUAGAGUUCCUCACAGAUGAUGAGCUGCUCCAGGUUUUUCAUAAGAAAAAAACAGAAAUUUCAAUAAUUGAUGAUCCCACUAUGUUUCUCAACCAACUGCGUGAUAAUGAUGUCAUUCCUGAAGAGCAGUACCAGAAAAUAAAGAAGAUGCGAAAAAAAAACGAUGCUGUCUACACCCUUCUGGACUGGCUGGAAAAUGAGCAGCCAGCAAAGAUUCGUCGUUUCUUUGAAUCUGUGUUUGAGGAUCACAUUAUACAGCAAUACCCAAAAUUUAAGGUUCUCAAAUAUGAAGUUUUAGAAGUGCAGACCACAGUGCAGAAGGACAGUGCAACAGUUGGUGGAAAAAAUGGCUUCACAUUUGAUAGUGGUGCAAAGGAAGAUCCACAACCAGUGGGAGUACCGCCUCCUACUGCACAAGCCUCAACAAGCAAAAAGCGCAAAGCAGACAAGCCUGUCUAUGGUUCCCCAAGAAAAAACAACCAGAAAGAAGAUCCUGAGCCUAUCUGGACAUAUCCGCUUUAUCAAGUGGAGCUACCUGUCACAUGUGGGAAUAAAACUGGUAGUCUGCAUAGAAAGAAGCUAACCAAAGGAGAAGACUGCAUAUUUACAGAAGGCAAAUGGUACUCACCAGGAGAAUUUGAAGCAUAUGGUGGGAGGAGUAGCAGUAAAAACUGGAAAAUUAGUAUUCGUUGCAACAAUGUUCCUCUGAUCAAGCUAAUAGAGGCGGGACAUUUAGAAUCUCCUCCUUUCAAAAAGAGGAAAAUGGCACAGCAUGCUAAAGGGAAGGUGCCAAAAGCCCCUACAAAAAACAAAACUUCUGCUUCAGGGAUGCCUGCUUCAGAGCCUUCCACUAUAAAGGUGAAAAGGAAACCAACAGGAUCAGCUACCCAGCCACCACAGGACAAGGACAUGCCUAGUAGCUCAAGUGCCUCAGAAAGUGAAAGCUCAGACAUUGAUACAGAUGAUGAUGAUGACGACAAUGAUGAGGAAGAAGAUGAUGAAGGGGAGUGUCCUAUAGCUAAACUUAAAAAAUUUCCAGUAACUUGUGGAUCUGCAGAGGGAGUCCUACAUAAGCAUCGCUUUGCCACAGGGACAUGUGGAAAAUGCAUCAGGACAGAGCAGGGCUGGUUCACACCUACUGAUUUCCUAAAACUGGAUGACACAGUAUCUGAUAAGUCAUGGAGAAGAAGCAUUCAGUUUAAUGGAAAAGCAAUACUGUACCUCAUUGAGAAAAAGAUUCUAGAACCUCACUCGCUCAUUUGCCAUUGCAGAAUAUGCAAGUCAGUUGACGUUAACAACUUGCAAGACAAUGAUGACGAGUGUGGCAUUUGCAGCCAGGCGGGAUCUCUAGUUUGCUGUGAUCAGUGCCCCAGAGCUUUCCACCCUGAAUGCCAUGUUCCAUCAGCAGAGAAGGAGGCUGAAGAGGUUUCUCCCCGUGAGAAAUGGUGCUGCACGUUCUGCAAGUUUAAUGAAAGUCGUAAAACUUUACCAGCUUUCGCAAGGCCAGGUUUCACUCAAGCAGUCGUGUUCAACUUUCCAGUGCAGGAUCACUUACUGAAGUGCCAGUACCUUUUGAUUAAACUAUACAGUGAGGAUAAAAAACGUAUCUUUGGUCCCAAUCCCAAUUAUACGGUGAAGGAUUAUUCGGAAUAUAUAGAAAAACCAAUGUGGCUGGACAAAAUCAAGGAUAAACUGACCAGUGGUCUGUAUGAUACUGUUGAGCAGUUUUUUAAAGAUAUUCACCUCAUAUUCAGCAACUGUGCAAAGUUCAACAAGGAUAAUAAAUUUGGAAAAAUUGGGCAUGCCCUCAGAAGUGCAUUUGAUGCUGAUUUUAAGCAUGCGUUUGGCUUGCAGUAGUGCCACUAGAAUGCAGUGAACCACAUUUUGAGUCGCCCUGCUGCCUCCUGACAGAAGAUCCAGUAGUUAAAAUCUGAAGAUUCGAGUCAAUGAUCCCAUGUGAUGUGCUCUUAAUUUCAGUUACAGCAAAACAGUAGCCAAUUUCAGCUCCCGAGGUUUUCUACCACAGCCACUGCCUCGGAAUGCAAUCCUGAACAGUCCAUUCAACGACCCCCUAACCCCCCUCCCCCAGCCCCGGUGAGGAGGUGACACUUCAGAGUGGACGUCCCGAUUGAAGCGACUUUGCCAUACUUGUUAGGUUCUCUGCUCCGCAUUGAUGUGAAGAAGUGAAAGUAGGAGGGUUCAUUUGGAUGCAAUAGAAUUGUACAAUGUUAUUAUGUUUUAAAGUACUGCACACUGGGUUAGGUCAUAUUUUAUGUUCUGUCUGGAAUUUGAUUGUAGUUUUUGUUUUGUUUUUUUUUUUCCCUGAUUAUAUAAAUAUAUAUAUAAAUAUAUAUAUAUGUAGUAUUUGCUUAACUAUGUUAUAGCUUAUUUUUGCUACAGUUAACAGCAAAAAAGAAAACUUUCCACUUUUUUUAUGACAGGCUUAUGAGCAAAUGUCAGUUUCCUCUACUUGUAUUUUUGACUUUUAUUACUAGAACUUUAUUUUGGAUACUUGGCUUUGACGAGAUUUUGCAUCUUUUUAAUGUGUCAAUUGUAUAUUCCGGCAUCUCUACAUCUGCACUCAGUUGGUCCAAAGUGAGGAAGGCAGACCUUUUGAUUUUGAUUUUUAAUAUUUUGUGUUACGUUAUUUGUUUUGUGGCAGGAGUGUGUGCAGAAAAAGUGAUCCUUUUUAAUUUGCUGUUUAAAAAAUAAUAAUUUUUAGGUAAUGCUAAAACAACAAAAAAAAAAAUGUACAAACCUUGGCAUUUUGAUGCUGAAACAAUCAGUGAAUUUUGUUUUCUCAAUGAGAAUUUUUUUGCACUUAACUAUGGAGUUUCUGCCAUGCUGGUUUACUUUAUCCUCCCAUCCCGAGAUUCUGAUUCGAUAUUGUUGCUGAAUGUUGCCCACUAUCAUUGUGUCUCAAUUGCGUGAAGGGCUCUAGAACGGUUCUUGGUUUCCUGUGCUGGCAGCAGCGGUUCAAUAUGUGUUUAUGUGUAUAUACAUAUGCAUUCAGUGUAAUUAAAAUUGAUCAGAAUGUGGAAAAAAAAGAUGUGGCACCCCCUGCUCAGGUACUAAACUUGCACGAUGAGCUUUUUAAAAGAUGGUUGUAUUGUCUACUAACUGAUGGUCCAAACAAGUGCAGAAUGUGACGAGAAGCACUUGAGUACUUGCACUGUUUGCAAUGGUCAUGAAAAAGAAAAAUAAAGUCUGCUGUAACUUCAUUUGGAAAAGCAAUAUCCCCUAAUUCAAUAAGUGACUUGUGCAAAUGCAACUGCUUGAGCUGCACAAUAAUUCAAAUGUAAAUGUUUUGUUUAAUGGUUAAGGGAGUGAUUAACGCUUGCUCUGCACACACCCCUUCUAGCUGUGUAAUUAAAAAGUUGUGGAUUUCCUUUUUCUUCAUCAAGUACAUUUUCUGAGUACUUUUGUAUUUUUAUAAACAGCACUGACAAAAUCUCAGUUGAAUAAAGUGACUUUUCCCAAAA